GGCUGCUGCAUUUCUUUGGCUUUGCUGCUUCCUAGAAAGAUGGCUACCGCCUCCAGGCCUCAAAAGAGAUCAAUUGUAGAGUAUUUGGGCAGUGAUGGAGGCCAUAGGUGUGGCUACUGUAAGAGCUCGAGCGGGUUUGUAGCACCUGGAAUGUGGGCCCAUCAACUAACUGUACAGCAUCUACAAGAAUUAACAGACAGAGGCUGGAGAAGAAGCGGAAAGUACAUCUAUAAACCAGCCAACGAGAUGAUGUGCUGUCCUCUUUACAUUAUUCGCUGCGAUGCACCAAAUUUUGUGCCCUCGAAAUCUCAAAAAAGGACUAUUAAGAGAAUGGCCACUUUUCUCAAAACCGGAAAGAAACCAAGAGAUGGGUGUGAUGAGGAGGAGACAAGAAUUGACGCUAAAAGUGACGGUCAAGAUAAGCCACGCUUACUUGAAGGCAUGGCUAAGUUACCGGAAGCAGAGGGUAAGUUGAAAGUGAAAACUGUUCGUCCUGGUGAAGGAGCUGAUCCUAGUAAGCCUCCGGCAAGAAAAGCUAAAGACAUAAGAAAAGAAAAGAAAUUAUUAAAAAUGCAGCAAAUGGAUCAAAGUGAAGCCACACCCAUAACGACGCCCAAAGCUCAGCCGACUAGAAAAUCACUUGAAGAUUACUUAGAAGAAAUUCAACCAUCCGAAGACUCCGCCCAUAAGCUAACGAUAAAACUAGUACGGUCACAUCCAGAAUCAAAAGAAUUUACGGAAUCUUAUUUUGAAAGUUAUGAGGUUUAUAAAAAGUAUCAAAUGAGCGUACAUAAGGACACACCUGAUAAAUGUACCGUAAAAGAUUUCAAAAGGUUUCUUGUUGAUUCCCCGCUUUGCGAAGAACCCGGACCCAAGGGGUGGGACUGUGGCUAUGGCUCGUACCAUCUACAAUAUCGAAUAGAUGGAAAAUUAAUUAUGGUGGGUGUGAUUGAUGUACUGCCAGAGAUCGUGUCGUCAAAGUACGUUUAUUAUGAUCCUGAUUUCGAUUUCUUGAGACUCGGAGUGAUAUCGGCUCUCAACGAGAUGGGACUCGUGAGAAAACUCCAUUCCCACAAUCCAACCCUCCGCUAUUACUGCAUGGGGUAUUAUGUACACGAUUGUCAAAAAAUGAAAUAUAAAGGCGAGUAUUUCCCGUCCUUCUUGCUCUGCCCUGUCACCAAUCGCUACGUUCCUUUCGAGAUCUGCCAGAAAAAGUUAGACGUUUCAAAAUAUGCUCGUUUCGACGACGAAGGUAGCCCAGAAGAACCACCAAAUGAGGAGGGCACAAUGGUAAUGUAUCGUAGACAGCUGCUACCUUAUGGGAUAGUAAGGAGGAUCAUAACUGAUAGAGAACGAAGGGAGUUUGAAAGCAAAGUUAAGGAAUAUACUCAGUUAGCUGGAGCUUCUGUUGCAAAAACUUGCUUUCUAUUUCUUGCUUGAUUAGUACAUUUUCAUCAUUUAAUCUACUAUCCAUUAAUCAUUGGAAAAAAUUCUUUUUAUUAAAGUACUCUUGUACAUGUGCCUUCUUUUUCUUACACUUUUUUGAUUAACUUUUAAAAAUGAAAGUCUAUUGAUAACAACAAAUACAACAAGGAGAGAGAGAGAGAGAGUAGUGCAUGAAAGUGUACAGUAUAUACCAAGUUCUGAAAAUCUUUGAUGUCAAUUACUUAUAGUAUAGUUACUCAGACGCUAAGGUCUGCACAAGUUCACAAAAAA